CAUAAGGCAUCACGAUCCAUUAUCCUAUCACCCACGAAAAUAAUAAUGCAACCGCAAAAUUUGUUUGGAUGUGUCUACUUUUUACUACUAUAUUCUCUAUUACCGAGGCCCUUAGUAGAUUCCAAAACUUCUCUAAAAGCAAUUUUGUUUCUUCUUAUCAUUUUACAUAUUAUUUAUUUUAAUUAAUCCCCAAACUUAUUAACUCACUACAUAUAUAGUACUAUUUGUUUCUUCUCUCUCAAUCUUCUUAUUCUUAUUCUUAUUCAUAUUCUUCUUCUUCUUCCUCCAAACUCAUAAACUAAAACGUCUUUAUUCCUUUUCAAAAGUUUCCCCUCAGCUCCUUCCAUUUUCCAUCUCCGUUAUACAUUUAUCGGGAAUUAAGCAUGCGGACGUAGUCGGUCAAUGUACGACAAAUAACUCUCCCUCCAUUUCCUACCUAUAAAUACCUGAAAUGAACACAAUUCUGCUCAGUAUUAAUUGAUCAGUUUCAGCUGUUACCAGAUAUGGCGGUGUAACGCGAAUUGGGAAUAUUAUAAAAUGUUGUUGUAAGGCAAGGCAUUUUGAGAUCUUUAUUAUAUUGUUGUUUUACCAUUUUGACCCUCCUAAAUGGCUGUACUCCCAAUUAUGUCCUUCAACUUCAUACUAUUACUACUAUCUACUCUUUUGUUCUUCCCGCCAUUUUACCUGUCUCUAACGGUCGAGACUCAGGCCCUUCUUCAAUUCAAAAACCAGCUCAAAGACCCUCUGAACCACCUUGAUUCGUGGAAAGACUAUGAGAAUCCAUGUCGAUUCGUAGGGGUUACUUGUGAUCCUGUUUCAAGGAAAGUCGCUGAGAUUUCUCUUGACAACAAGUCCCUAUAUGGGGAGAUUUCACCUUCUAUAUCUCUCCUGAAGAGCUUGACUAAACUCCAUUUGCCUUGUAAUCAUAUUUCUGGAAAGCUUCCUACCCAGCUGACUAAUUGUAGCAAUCUCAGAGUGUUGAAUCUCACUGCUAAUUUUAUAGCAGGAAAAAUCCCAGAUCUUUCCAGGCUUCAGAAGUUGGAGAUUCUUGAUCUCUCUAAGAACUAUUUCUCUGGCUCAUUUCCUGCUUGGGUGGGGAAUUUGACUAGCCUGGUGUCACUUGGUCUGGGCGAAAACGUGUAUGAUGAAGGAGAGAUUCCUGAAAGUAUUGGCAAUUUGAAGAAAUUGAAAUGGUUAUAUCUAGCCUAUUGCCGGCUGAAAGGGGAGAUCCCUGAAAUUCUGUACGAGCUUGGGAAAUUGCAGACUUUGGAUCUUUCGAGAAAUAAGAUCUCUGGAAGGCUGUCCAGGUCGAUUUCUAAACUAGAAAAUUUAAAUAAGAUUGAGCUUUUUGCUAAUCACUUGAGUGGAGAAAUACCACCAGAGCUUGCUAAACUCACUCUUCUACAUGAGUUUGAUAUCUCUGCCAAUUACUUCCAUGGGACAUUGCCUCAAGAGAUUGGAAAUCUAAAGAACUUAGGGGUAUUCCAAGUAUACCAAAAUAACUUCUCUGGAGAGUUCCCUGCCGGUUUUGGAGAUAUGCCACAGCUUUUCGCCUUGUCUAUCUAUGAAAACCAGUUCUCGGGUGAUUUCCCAGCCAACCUCGGUCGAUUCUCAGCGUUGGAAAGCAUUGACAUAUCUGAGAAUCAGUUUUCAGGUGCAUUCCCAAGGUUUCUGUGUGAGAAAAGAAAACUUAGGUUCUUACUUGCGGUGGAGAAUAACUUUUCUGGGGACUUUCCAGAUUCUUAUGGUAAUUGUAAAACCCUUGAGAGGCUAAGAAUCAAUAACAACCGUUUGUCUGGGAAGAUCUUAGAUGAGAUUUGGGAACUUCCAUUUGCAAAAAUGAUUGAUUUUAGUGAUAAUGACUUCAGCGGGGGGAUAUCCCCAAGAAUAGGUUUCUCUACCAACUUGAAUCAGCUGUUAUUAGGGAACAAUAGCUUUUCUGGCAAUCUUCCAUCAGAACUUGGCAAGUUGACAAUCUUGUCCAAGCUCUACUUAAGUAACAAUAAUUUCUCUGGACAAAUUCCUUCAGAAAUCGGAGGGCUGAAGCAACUUUCAUCUUUGCAUCUUCAAGAAAAUUCUUUAACUGGUCCCAUACCUCCUCAACUGAGCUACUGCAGCAGGAUAGUGGACUUGAAUCUUGCUACAAAUGCAUUGACUGGUAAUCUCCCUGUUGAGCUUUCUCAGAUGAGCUCUCUAAACUCCCUAAACCUUUCUGGGAAUAAACUUACCGGAAUGAUUCCACAAGAUAUUGGUAAAGUGAAGUUCAGUUCUUUAGAUUUGUCUGAAAACCAGUUCUUUGGACCAGUACCAUCAGAUCUUCUGACCAUGGGUGACAAUGCUUUCCAAGGAAAUAAAGGGCUAUGCAUAGAUCAAAACUUAAGGGCAAAUUCUGAUAUGAUAAUCUGUGGUAGAAAUCGAAGCCAAAGAAGCCUACUUCAAAGCAAACUGGUCCUGUUUUGCGUUAUAGCAUCUGUGUUGGUUGCCAUUUUAGCUGGUUUACUCUUGGUGAGUUACAAGAACUUCAUGCAUGGUGAUGCUGACAUAGACAGUAACAUAGAAGAUGGGAAAGAAACAGAAUCAAAAUGGAAACUAGCGUCUUUCAAUCAAUUGGAAUUGGAAGCUGAGGAAAUAUGUGAUUUGGAAGAACACAAUCUGAUUGGAAGUGGCAGCACAGGGAAAGUCUAUCGCCUAGAUCUGAGGAAAAAUGGAGGCACAGUGGCUGUGAAGCAACUAUGGAAAGGAGAUGCUCUGAAAGUUUUGGCAGCUGAAAUGGAGAUCUUAGGUAAGAUAAGGCAUAUCAAUAUACUAAAGCUUUAUGCAUGUUUAGUGAAAGGAGGAUCUAGUUUCCUGGUGUUUGAAUACAUGGCAAAGGGUAAUCUGCUUCAAGCACUUCACCGCGAGAUCAAAUGUGGACAGCCGGAAUUGGAUUGGUAUCAAAGAUACAAAAUUUCUCUAGGAGCUGCAAGGGGGAUUGCUUAUUUGCACCAUGAUUGUUCACCACCAAUUAUACAUCGAGAUAUAAAAUCAACCAACAUUCUACUCAAUGACAAUUAUGAGCCAAAAGUUGCUGAUUUUGGUGUGGCAAAGAUUGCAGCCCAAAAGGGUUCUGAUUUUAGCUCUUUUGCUGGUACUCAUGGCUACAUUGCACCUGAGCUGGCAUAUACUCUUAAAGUGACUGAAAAGUGCGACGUGUAUAGUUUUGGUGUUGUGCUUCUAGAACUAGUAACAGGUAGAAGGCCUAUAGAAGAAGAGUAUGGAGAAGGAAAAGAUAUUGUUUAUUGGGUUUCAACUCAUCUCAACAAUCGUGAAGAUGUGAUCAAGAUUCUCGACAAGAAAGUUGCACUUGAAGUACUUGUUCAAGAUGACAUGAUCAAGGUCUUGAAGGUUGCUAUGGCUUGCACAAAAAAGCUUCCUUCUCUGCGCCCCACCAUGAGAGAGGUUGUGAAGAUGCUAGUGGAUGCUGAGUCUUGCACUCCCAAGCUGCUUCCACACCAGAAUUCUGAAACAAACUAUGGUAAUACUGAUAGUAAGAUGUUUUACUAGACACUUUUACUUCUUUUUUUAUAGCAAUGUCUCAACAGGUGUGAGAAAUCUUACACAAGUUUUUAAUUAAGAGAUACUAUGGGUUUUGAAUUUUCAAUCAGAAAGGCUUAUAACAAUUCUGCCAUCUUGAUAGACUAUCAUGGCAAGUGUUUCGCCAUUGCAUGAUGAUAAUGUUUUGUAAUUUUUAGAAACAAAAAAUGUGACAUCGGAAUGGAUCUUCUAGUUAUUAUCUAUGAAACUAUGUUUUUUUUUUUUCA